AUGCACGCGGCCGCUCCCGCUGCCGAUCCACGCCGUCCCGUCCUUGGCGCUGCUGAUGACGGAAUAACCAACCAUGUCGUAGCCGGUGCUGUCGUCGAGCCGUACCGUAGACCACUCAAUGUCCCCCGCGGGCCGGAAGACGCCGAGGAACAGCCUGCCAAGCGACGUCGAUGCCAGGAUGCGGUCCGCAGAGAUGAACUCGAAGCUGUGCAGCAGCUCCUUGUCCAGCUUCUUGCCCGCCCGCGCGGCGCGCUCGGCCAACGCCCUGUGUUCCGCGUCCCGGCCCUCCUCCUCGCCGGCGGCCGCGAUAAUAGCAGCGUCUAUACCCGGCACCGUCAGGGCGACCGUCUGGCCGUCCCGGAUCUCGUUCUCCUUUUCGGGGCUGGUAUCCCCGAUGAGCACAAUCUUCCAGUCCGACCCGCCCGUCGCGACGAGCGCGUCCCUCCCUUCUCUGUCCAGCACGUCCCUCGCCCAGAUAUGCUUGCCGGCAUGGUACCCCAUCGUCCGGACGUGCGUCAGCGUCCCGCAGCCCCACCCUCCCUCGGCGCCCGGCACGUCCAGCCUCCACUCCUGCGUCGUGGCGUCCUCGCCAAAGGAGUACACAGCUACACCACCACCCGCCUUCUCCCCGCCGCCCCGGCAGGCGAACCGCACCCCCCAGAUCCUCGAGUCGUGGCCCAUGGCCACGGCGAGCGGCCUCUCGGCCAGCUCCAUCGCCGCCGCGACCUCGGGCUCGCUCGCGAAGCCCGUCUCCCGCGCCUCGCCGCCCACCCGGCGGCGGAUCUCCGCGGCCCGGGCCCCGAUCGCCUCCCGCAGCGGCCCGCCGCCGCCCGUCGCCAGGUCCCACACGCGUAUCGUCCUGUCGUCGCUGCAGGUCGCGAGCAGGCGCCGCCUGUGGCCUCCGGGCCCCACCGCCUCGAUCUCGGGCGAGAUGUGCACGCCGAAGAUGGACCCCUCGUGGCCCGAGAAGACGUGCAGGACCUCCGCGGCCGUGGCCGUGGCGGCCUGCUGGCCAGACGAGGAGGGGCCGGCGACGUCGCACGACCAGACGACGACCUCGCCAAACACCGUCCCGCCCGCGACCAGGACGCUCGCGCCCGACGUCCACGUCACGUAGGCAGAGUAGAGUAUCGGCCUCGACGGCGACACCAGCGGGCCCAUGGCCAGCGACGAGCCGGAGCCGGAGCCGGAGCCGCCCGCCACCACGGCGAAGGGCACCACCUCGUUGUGCGCCGUGACCAGCACGCCCCUCCCGCCGUCGGCGGGACACAGCGCCCCGUCGUAGACCAGGUCCGGCGCGCGGCCCCGCGCCCUCACGGCGACGGCGGCGGCGACCUCCUCGUCCGCUGCACUCGCGCCCCCUCCUUCCUCCUCACCGCCGCCACGGAUCGCCCUCUCCAGCGCCCCGCGCGACAGGACGGCGACGCAGCUCGCGCCCCAGACCAGCACGUCGCCGCCGCCGUCGACACGCACCCCGUGCACGGCCUGGUCCUCGAAGACGGCGCAUCUCGCGCGGGCCCGUGGCGGCGGUGA